AAGGGCUUUAGCCGGCCCAGCCACCACUGAAGGAAAAACAAAGGAAAAAAAAAAAAAAGAAAAAAAAAAAAUACACUGCACUGCAAGUCUGCAACGCGCACACACACAAACAUAAAACUCUCGUACGAACAUGGCGAUUGUCGACGACGAAAAGACACUGCAAGAGGAGCUCAGUAUCUCAAUCUUACUCGCCGACCGAGUCGUCAAGCUGGUCCAAGAUUCCGAAUCUUCCAAGCAGGAAUGCAUUGACCUCGCCGAGAGGGUAGAGAAUCUCUCCCAGAUGCUCCGCUCGGCCGCACGAGUCGCCGCCACGACUCAGUCCCUCUACGAACGACCUGUCCGCCGAAUCGUUGCCGACGUCGCCAAAAAUCUCGAUCGUGCCCUCACUUUGGUCCGUAAGCGAAAGCACAACGGUGUUCUCCGUCAGGUUUUCGCCAUCACAACCACCGCCGAUUUCCGAAAAGUCGCGAACCUUCUCGAAUCCUCGAUCGGCGACUUGAGGUGGCUUCUCUCCAUCUUCGAUUCAGAUGGUGCUAACCUCUCUCUGCCUCCGAUCGCUAGCAACGACCCGAUUCUUUCAUGGGUUUGGUCGUACAUAGCGACUAUCCAAAUGGGUCAGCUCAAAGAGCGUGUCGACGCAGCUAACGAGCUCGCUUCGCUUGCGAGAGACAACGAGCGGAACAAGAAGAUAAUUGUGGACGAAGGUGGGGUUUCGCCUUUGUUGAAGCUGCUCAAGGAGGGUUCUUCUCCCGAUGCUCAAAUUGCGGCUGCCACUGCGCUUUUCAAUAUCGCCACGGAUGAAGAGAGGGUCGUCUAUAUCAUCGAUGCGCAGGGGAUUCCGAUGAUCGUUAAGGUUCUUGGGGAUUCACCGAUGAAGGUUCAGGUUUCGGUGGUGAAGUUGGUAUCGAGGAUGGCAGAACUUGACCCAGUUGCAAAGGAGGAAUUUGCUAGAGAGAAUGUAACUAGGCCUUUAGUUUCUUUGAUGUCUAUGGAUACGGUUCUUGAUGAUCCGAAAAUCCAAUCGGGUAAGACUAGUAUUCAUUCAAUUGUUCAGAUUAAAAAAGAGUUAUCUGUAAAACCAACUAAUAAUCAUAAUACCCAUUUGAGUUUGUCAACUAGUUCUUCGUUUUCUUCGCAUGGUGGUGGUCACCAUUAUAGGAAGGAGAGGGAGGUUGAAUUACCUGACGUGAAGCUUAAGCUUAAGGUUGUUUGUGCUGAGGCUCUGUGGAAACUCUCUAAAGAUAGUUUGUCUAAUAGUAGAAAAAUUACUGAGACAAAAGGAAUGAUUUGUUUGGCUAAGAUUAUUGAGAAGGAAGAAGGGGAAUUGCAGCUUAAUUGUUUAAUGACUGUUAUGGAGAUAGCUGCUGUAGCCGAAUCCAAUCCCGACCUUAGACGAGCAGCGUUUAAGACUACUGCUCCGGCUGCAAAGGCGGUUAUGGAUCAGCUUCUGAGGGUUGUUAAAGAGGAAACUAAUCCGGCAUUGCAAAUUCCUGCCAUUAAAGCAAUUGGGUGCUUGGCUCGAACUUUUCCUGCCAGGGAAACACGGAUCAUCGGUCCUUUGGUUUCGCACUUGAGUGAUAAGAAUGCGGAUGUUGCAACAGAGGCUGCUAUUGCAUUGGAGAAGUUUGUGUGCAUGGAAAAUUUUAAUUGUGUGGAGCAUUCGAAGGCGAUUAUAGAAUAUGGGGGUGUUCCUCCUAUGAUGAGUUUACUGCGAGCUGAUGGCCCAGCCCAAAUGCAUAGCCUAGUACUGCUUUGUUACCUUGCAUUGCAUGUAGGGAACAGCAAGGCUCUUGAACAAGCUCGUGCUUUGAAUGCCCUGGAGGCGGCUCGUUCUUUCGUAGCUCAACAUCCUGAUUUGAGGGACUUGUAUGCCAAAGCCAAUCACCAUCUUACUCUUUAUCAGGCUGGAGCUCAUCCCCACAGACCAUGAUUGCAAUGGUUUUGGCUAGGUGAGUGAAUCUUGACCUCUAUAACACACAAAGCACAGAAUUUGGACAAAUGUGAAUUGAAGAAAUUCAAUAUUUAAACGAUGUAAGAGAUGGUUUUGAUGAAUUGGCAAAAUGUAAGAGAUAAUAGAUGACAGGAUUGAUAAAUCAUCCAAGAUGAUUACCAUGUACUUUGCAUCUACCAGUCUUCUAAAUCCAGAAAAGUGGAUACUUGAGUGUAUCUUUAAUGGGUUGUACAUAACUUUCGGAGAAUUUUUUUGUUGUAAUAAUAGAUUUUAAUUUGUUCGUUGUAUUAGCUUUA